UGUGUGAAUUAAGAAAAACAAAACAAUGUUCAUCAACACAACAAAAUUUUGAUUAACCCAAUUUUAAUCUGAGCUAAAUAAAGCACGUUUAUUGACUAAAUUUAUUUGAAAUUAUUCUUUUUUUAAAUAUUACAAGUUGUUUAUUAAAUUUUAAUAAUGAAGUGUCAUUACGAAGUUCUUGGUAUAGCGAGGGAAGCUGAAGAUUCUGAAAUUAAAAAAGCUUAUAGAAAAUUGGCUUUGCAAUGGCAUCCAGAUAAAAAUUUGGAUAAUGAGGAAAAAGCCAGAGAGCAGUUUCAAUUAAUACAACAGGCAUAUGAAGUUCUUUCUGAUCCACAUGAACGAGCUUGGUAUGACAAUCAUCGAGAGCAAAUUUUGAGAGGAAGAAACUCAGACUAUGAAGAUAAUUGUUUAGAUGUUUUCCAAUAUUUUACUGUGACAUGUUUUAAAGGUUAUGGUGAUGAUCCUGGUGGAUUUUAUGCAGUUUAUUCAGAAAUAUUUAAGAAAAUUGCAGCUGAAGAUGCUGAAUUCAUGGAUGAUGAGGAAUUAGAAGAUAUACCAGAAUUUGGGGAUUCACAAAGUAAUUAUGAACAAAUUGUUGGACCAUUUUAUGCUCACUGGCAAAGUUAUUGCACAAAAAGAACAUAUUCAUGGUUAUGUAAAUAUAAUAUCAGUGAAAUAAAAGACAGAAGAAUACUGAGAGAAAUUGAAAAGGAAACCAAAAAAUUAGCUCAAAAAGCAAGAAAAGAACGAAAUGAAGAGGUGCGAAAUCUCGUGUCAUUCGUGAAGAAACGUGAUAAACGUGUUGAAGCCUACCGAAGACAAUUAGAAGAAAAAGCUGAAUUAAAUAGAAAAAAACAGGAACAAAAUCGAUUAGACCAAAUCCGAAAGCGUAAUAAAGAAUUGGAAGAAAUGAAAAAAUCUCAUGCUAAACAUUCUCUUAAACCUGAUGAUUAUGAAGAACAGUUGCGUAUGCUUGAACAGGAAUACGGUGGUAGUAGUGAAGAAUAUUCCGAUGAGGAAGAAGACGAAUAUAAUGAAAAUCUUGAUAAUGAAAUUGGAAUUAAUGACGAAAUAACGGAUCAAAUUGACAAUGGAGAAGAAACAGAUGAUCCCGAAGAGGAUAUGGAAGACAUAUUUGUCGAUGAUUUAUAUUGUGUGGCAUGUGAUAAAUCUUUUAAAAAUAAGAAAGCUUUAAAAAAUCAUCAGACAAGUCAAAAGCAUAUUAACAAUGUUGAAAAGGUUAAAGCCGAAAUGAUUGAAGAUGACAAAAGAUUUAAUGAACAAAGAGAUCAAGUAAACGACGAAGUACCAGUCAAUGUUGAUGGUUCUAUAAAUGGUGAUAAUGAAUCUAAUGAAGACGUCGAAGAGAUGACAAAGUCUACAAAGAAAAGCAAGAAAAAUAAAAAAUCUAAGAAAAGUGGAAAAAAUUCAAAUGUGCCAAUAGAACCUGAAGUUCUACCAGAUUUACUAGCUGAAUUAGAAAUGGAAAAAAAUAACGAAACUGAAAAUAAAAAAUCAAAUAAAAAAGGUAAGAAUAAGCAACAAGGGAGAAAAAACAUUGAAACUUCUAAUAUAGAUGGUGAUGUAAAUCUAGAAAAUAUUGAAGGAACAUCUAAAGCAACUGAAUCAAUUACAAAUAUUGAAACAAAAGAUAAAAAGAUAAAAUCGGAACAAACAAAAAAUAGUGAUGUUGAUACAAAUCAUGUAUGCGUUACAUGUAAAGCAGUAUUUCAAUCUAAAAAUAAAUUAUUUAAUCAUUUAAAGGAAACUAAUCAUGGUGUCUAUAUACCGAAAGUAAAAGAUUCUACUAAAGAUUCAAAUAGUAAAUCGUCUAGCAAUAAAAAGAAUAAAAGGAAAUAGGAUUUUAAAUUCAUUGUACAUAUUUAAGAUUUAAAAAAAGAAUUUUGAUCGUAAAAUAUAAU